GCGUUAGACGGAGCUCGUGGGCUCGUUCCAGUUCGCCACAGAGGGCAGGGUACAGUUAAAUACCCCGGAGGAACCGUGCACGGGCGGCGCGCGACUGCUGCUGCUGCUGCGGGGCUGGAGACGCUGCGGUGACAAACACGGAUUGAUAGAGCGGGAGUCUGCGUGACAUCGCAUGCGAUUAUAUUGCUUCACAACAGCGAGGAGACGUCUGGAGAAAGGACCUGUUUGAUGAAUCCAGUCCAGUGGGCCACGUCCAUGUGAAAAAGCAAGAUGUAUAUAAUAUCUCACUGAAUAUUCUGCAAAACACCACGAUGAAGCCUUGACCAACUGUGGAAACGGAGCACACACCCUGAGAUGUCCAACAGAUGGCUGACGGUGGAGCUAUUAUUUCAAGGACGUGCUGCUCUGUUUGACAAUGGAACAAGAGGACGCUGUUUUGACCAGGAGGGUACCAUCCAGUGCAGAGAAAUCAUGCAAUGUUUAAAUGAAGAGCAGUGGCGAUAACGAUUGGUCGGUGUGAAGACUGACACAAAGGCAGCUCCAUUCAGAGUGGUUUGAUGAACUGUGACUCCUCAGCAAAAAAAAAUCCUGGGUGCUCCAGCCUCUUUUCAUCACAUGUGGAUCUCUUGUGUUUACCUCAACCACUGGGAGUAAAUAUUUGACUCUAUUGCUUGAAAUGAUGGCUGUGUAUUGGCUGCCUAGGUGAUGGUGUCUUCAGUCCUAAAUGGAAGGGAAAAUGUCUCGCAUUAAGAUGGAAACACCUGUUGGACGAUGGCGUAUUGCAGACAGGCUUCCGCAAACUGCAACUAUCAAAUGCAGACAAACAGCUCCUGCCUGUUAUGUCUUCAGGCCUUGUUUUCUGCUCCUCUGUUUUCUGGUUACACCCGCUCUUUCCAUUCAUAUGGAGUUCAUUGAGAGCCACAGUGAGUUCAGCUGUGAGCCCAUCAGAUUGCGAAUGUGCCAGGAUCUGCCUUACAACACCACCUUUAUGCCCAAUCUCCUCAAUCACUACGACCAACAAACAGCCGCACUGGCCAUGGAGCCAUUUCACCCCAUGGUGAACCUGGUGUGCAGUCCCGACCUAAGGAUGUUCCUGUGUGCCCUGUACGCUCCUGUCUGCACCACAUAUGGCCGGGUGUCCAUGCCGUGUCGAUCCCUCUGCCUGCGAGCCAAGGAUGAGUGUCACAAACUCAUGGAGAUUUUUGGAUUGUCCUGGCCAGACGACAUGGAGUGCAGCAGGUUCCCAGAUUGUGACGAGCCCUACCCUCGCCAAGAGGACCUGCAGACCGGCUCUGAACCCACUGACCAGUCAUCCAUGACAGUCCAGAGGGAUUAUGGUUUCUGGUGUCCCAGAGAGCUCAAGGUGGACCCAGAUCUGGGCUACACUUUUAUGGGCAAAAAGGACUGCUCCGCCCCUUGUCCCUCAAUGUUUUUCAGCCAGCAGGAGCUGACCUUCACUCGAUACUUCAUUGGAGUCAUCUCCAUUGUCUGUCUGUCCGCAACACUCUUCACAUUCCUGACGUUCCUCAUUGACGUUACAAGAUUUCGAUACCCUGAGCGUCCGAUCAUCUUUUACGCCGUGUGUUAUGUGAUGGUGUCGUUGGUCUUCUUCCUGGGUUUCCUGUUGGAAGACAGAGUGGCGUGCAACGCAGUCAGCCCCGCUCAGUUCAGAGCUUCAACCAUAACACAGGGCUCACACAACAAGGCAUGCACCCUUUUCUUCAUGGUACUCUAUUUCUUCACCAUGGCUGGCAGCGUGUGGUGGGUCAUUCUGACAAUCACUUGGUUCCUGGCUGCUGUGCCUAAAUGGGGCAGCGAAGCCAUUGAGAAGAAAGCUCUCCUCUUCCAUGCUGUUGCCUGGGGCCUUCCAGGGGCCCUGACCGUCACCCUGUUGGCCCUGAAUAAAAUCGAGGGUGAUGGGAUCAGCGGAGUGUGUUUCAUAGGGAUAUAUGACAUAGAGGCCCUGAGGUGGUUUGUUCUGGCACCACUCUGCCUGAAUGUGGCGGUUGGCGUCUCUCUGCUUCUAGUAGGCAUUGUUGCUCUUAACCGGGUGCGCAUGGAGAUCCCCCUCGAGAAGGAGAACCAGACCAAACUAGUCAAGUUCAUGAUCCGAAUGGGCGUGUUCUCGGUGCUCUACCUGGUCCCUCUGCUGACGGUGAUUGGGUGCUACAUUUACGAGCACACAUACCGCGGCAUUUGGGAAACGACCUGGAUGGACGAGAACUGCAGGCGCUAUCACAUCCCCUGUCCUUACAAGGUGGAGGAGACAAGCAGGCCAGCCGUGGUUGUGUUCCUGAUUAAAUACCUUAUGAUGUUAGUGGUGGGGAUUCCCUCUGUGUUCUGGGUGGGCAGCAAGAAGACUUGUUUUGAAUGGGCCAGCUUCCUACAUGGACGCAGACGCAAGGACAGUGGGGUAAAUGAGUCUCGCCAGGUGCUGCAAGAGCAACCCGACUUUGCUCAGUCUCUGCUUCGUGAGCCAAACACCCCCAUCAUUAGAAAGUCCAGAGGAACAUCCACUCAGGGCACCUCCACCCAUGCCUCCUCCACCCAUUUAGCUGUGCUUGAUGACCUUGAUGAGCCCGUAAGAAGUCACCACGGACAGCCCACAUACAGGAGUAAAGCCAGCAGUGUCCACAGCAAAGCCAGCUACCAUGGCAGCCUGCGCCGCACUCGGGAUGACAGGAGUGACAGCAUGGUUUACCGGGGAACAGAGAAGAACAGUUUCCAUGGCAGCAUGCCACGUCUCAACCACCCGCUGUCGACUCACAGCAGCCUCCAUCAGAUAGACGGCCACUCCGGGCACAGCAGCCAGCGAGAUGUGUCUGAGACCCCCUCCUACCCUCAUCACCAUGGAACCACAGCCAGCGAGAGCCGAGCCGCUGAGAAUGACGGCACCAGUGCCUGAAAAGACGUCACUUUCACUGGAAGUGAUUACUGUGUGGCUGCUGCUGUCGCUGCCUUUUGAAGGCUGAAGUAUCUGCAGCAGAGUGUGCAUUAGAGUGUGCUUUCUUUUCUGAAGGCGGAGUUGGUUCCUGUGAGCGCCGUGAUGUGCUCUUUAUUCCUCACUGGUCCUUCUCGUCAGUGUCAGUCAGUGAACAGGAGACCUCACUAUCAGAUACACACAUUUAGUCCAGUAUUCAGGUGUGGAUGGCAGUUCACUCCUGACUGCUCCACUCAUGGGGUUGAAUUGAAGGACAUACCACACGAUUAAGGUUAACAUCAGUCACACUUUACAUUCAGGAAAAGAUCAAGAAGGUUAGAGCUUUACAAGACAGGUCAGUGUGUCUGAAAGUGUUUUCUGCAGCUCUGCUCGCUGUGCUUCACAAGAAGGAAAUGCACAUUGGACGUCAUUUCGCAGUUGGAGCUUACAUCGCUCAUUUCAGGAUGGCAUUAUUUUCAACUCUUGCCGGACCUCCAAGAAUAAGGCUAAAAAUGUGAACUUUGUCAAGCUCUGCUUUUGUACAAUCUGAAAGGUCUCCUCACCUCCUAAUGUCUCACAUGAAAUCAGACUGUACUACAGAACCCAAUUAAUGACUUUUUCAUUGUGCAGCUUCACGGACAAGUAUGGACCUAACAUGAGUGGAAACUUUCUGUGAUUAGAUACUGUUUUUUUUUCUUUUUUUUUUUACUGU